ACAAACGUGUGAAAAAUGAGAAGAAAAAUGUACCACAUAACACACAUUAAACACUACUCAGCUGUUUUUUUCAUCGUAAAUUUCGUAUCUUGUCAGCACUCACUCAACUGGCGUCAAAAAAAAUGAAAAUCCCACUUUACUUCUCUUGCUAUACACUGGUUCUACCUCACUUUCUCGCUACUUUUCCGUCCCUUUCUCGGUAAAAUCUUGCGGCUUUGCGAAAUCAGACAGCCCCGUGUGCUCAGUAGGUAUGUAUAAAAACCAAUUGCAGGAGUUGGCUCAGAGAAGCUGCUUUAACCUACCAGCUUAUUCAUGUAUCCGAGAAGGACCAGAUCAUGCCCCUCGAUUCAAAGCAACUGUCAACUUCAAUGGAGAGACUUUUGAAAGCCCUACAUUUUGCUCUACUCUGAGACAGGCUGAACAUGCUGCAGCUGAGGUAGCUCUAAGCACACUUGCAAAUAGAGGUCCUUCCAGAGCAUUAGCUGCAAGAGUUCUGGAUGAAACUGGAGUCUACAAGAAUUUGCUGCAAGAGACUGCACACAAAGCUGGCUUAAAUCUUCCAGUGUAUACCACUGUUCGAUCAGGGCCAGGCCAUGUUCCUGUUUUCUCAUGCACAGUUGAGCUUGCAGGGAUGAGCUUUACAGGGGAACCAGCUAGGACAAAGAAACAGGCUCAAAAAAAUGCUGCUAUGGCUGCUUGGUCUACCUUGAAAAGAUUGUCUCAACGUGGCUCAACUGUAUCUACUUCAUCUUCUUCUUCCUUGUUAGAAUCCAAAUGCAAUGAAGAACAGGAACAAGUUGUCAUUGCUCGCUUUCUUUCUUCUUUGCAACAAUCAGAGUCGAAGCACUUCUUGCAAAAUGACUGCCAAUAUGGACAUCAGAGGUUCAUUCCUAUGUGCAGAGGCCUAACCCCACCAACUUCAAGCUUAUAUCCUCAACAAUGCCAAAGUUGGGCCUACCCUAGUUUUUCCCCGGAACUGACCUUGUGUCAGAUAUGGCAGCAAGAACAAUUGCUACAGCUUCAAAACCACCUGUUAGCUCUUCCAGUUUCACCAACUCCACCACUUGGUCCUCAGAUUCUUCCCUAUAUGCAGUCUAUUUUCCGCCCAAACCACGCUUUAUGUAUUCCAACAAGAAAACAAGAACCAUUACCUGUAGAAGGACCAAGGCUCACAGUUGCGACCUCCAGUCCAUCGCUGUGCUUCUCAAGUAAGCCAGUUCCUGAGCCAAUCAGGAACAGAUCCACGGUAACUAUUCAAGAAAUACAGGAGGAGAAAACAGAAGAAUCCUCCAAAUUCACACCAUCUGUAGUUCCAGAUGCCCCUGUCUCUGUUCGCACCAAUGCUGAACCUAGAAUGGAGCAAUCAACUCAAGAGGAUGGUAAUAAGAAGAUUGUUGAUUUGGAAAGCAAAAUUAGUGUGGAGCUUGAGGGGAAAUUUGAAAAUGUUAAAUAUGAAGGAAGCCAAUCUGGGCAAUCUGAAUUGUCUUCUCAUAGGAACUUGGAUUCUGGUUUUAGGUUUGACAAUCUGCAUUUACAAAAUCCACGAGUUCAUUCAUAUCCAAGAACCCAUUAUCACCCAAGAGCAAGUUCUCAUAGAAGUUCCAGACCACCUUCAUCUGCUGCAGCUACUACUGCAAUGAGAACGGUGGGUCCUAUAUCUUCAGCGAGGCCCCUUCCACAAAAUUUGGCAAGCCGGAUGCCUGCUCCACCAAGAAUGAGAACCGGAGUUUCUUCAUGCUCGACCAUACCCAGCACUGAAAGAAUAAACCUUAGACAAGUUCAUCCCAGUUUUAUGGCACCAGCUGUAAGAAUACGAACCGUUGUACCAGUUUGUUCAGCUCCACCACAAAGACAAAUGCCAAGUUCCGUCCAAGAAGCAACAGUACCCAAUAGAGAAAAGAAAGAUACCAUACAAGAUGUAUCAACAGCAGCUUCAAAACUUGAUAAUCUUCAUUUAUAAGCAGAGUAUAGAUCCUAAGAUUCAUGUUAUUUAUUUGUUUCUUUUAAGAUAUGAAUUAUUUAUAUUUUCGGAUACUAUGGCAACGAUACCUAGUAAUAAAAAUAUAUAUUAUCUA